AUGAAGCUCUCCUUUGUCACCGUUUUUGCCGCCGCCGCUGCCCGAGAACUCGACGCUGACAACGCCGAGGCUCGACUUGAACUCAUCAAGGGCCAUUUCGAGACCCUCAAAUCCUUGACUCCAGCCGAUGGUAGCAACUUCGCUGCUCGAUUCGAUUCCCGAAUGACCAAACUUUUCGAUUUGGCUUCCAGUUCCUUCACAGGGGUGAAUUGCAAGUCUACUAACAUCCUCGAAGAAACCGCUGAGUUGGAGGAUUCCCGAGUCUUCACUGAAGACAACGCUUGCAAGCUCAAUGGCCAGGUCAACUCUGCUCUCUCCAGCUGGGCCCGAAACUUUGCCUGCCAGGGACGAGGCAAAACCUACCGUCAAAUCAUCCGACGAGCACGAAAAGUCCAGGCUUUUUACGCCAGCCGACUAGGUUGUUAA